AUGGCCUCAUCUUCGGGUACCAAGAAGUAUCCUCCGCGGCUUUACGAGAUUGGUAAAACGCCUAUUCAAUCUCGGAGCAUGAACCACAGUUGUUUUCUGUCCAACCUUCAAGUAAUGAAAGAGUCUGUCGGUGAAGACGUUUGGCUUGAGUUAAGAGAAUUAGCUGUAGGCGUGAUUAUCAAGCUGAAGGAGUUGGAGUACACUUGGUCUGCAAAACAUGUUCAUUAUUUUCUGGUGAAUCAAUUGGCGAUUCAGUACAGUCAUGAAGUUUGGUCUUUGAUAGAAGACCAGCCAUUGAGGUUCUCUCUGUAUGAGUUUGAAGAUAUUACAGGGUUAAAUUGUGAUCCCUUUGACACGCAAGAACAAUGGGAUGUGGCUCAUGAAGACUUUUGGGUGGAGAUGAAAGUUCCAAUUUCUGAAGGACCCAAGUUGAAUGAACUUCAAGCCCUUUUUCCGAUCAUCAGAAAUUGGCCUAGAGAGAAGCGUGGUGAUGGAUCCAGCAGCUUUCCAGCGCCAUUUACCAGCCUUGUGGAUUCUAUUAAAGUGGUGACAUACGAAGAAAAGAAGAGUUACACACUACAUGGUUGUGUUCAUGCAUUGCUUAUUUGGAUAUACGAGUCUGUGCCAGGUUUAGGAGAGAUAUAUGGGCAUCGGAUAGAGGAAGCUGAGGUUCCGCUUCUGUCAUGGCAUGGUUCUCGUCAGCGUAUCAACUUCCCAAACUUCUGUGCACAAGAAAAGAAAAAAUAUCAGAAGAUUCGUGUAAGGCAUAUGAUUGUAAAGGCAAUGGAGGAUAGAUAUCCGAAAUGGGGCGAAGAUAAACCGCCUGAUGAUUUGGAUAACAUGAUAGUUGACAUCCUUAAUGAUCAGCUAAACGACAAGUUUUGGGAUAAAGAAUCUCAUACUGAUAUACCCAUCAACAACAACAUCAUACAAAAGUUGGUUGAGGCUGUUGACAACUUGUCUGGAAGAGUAGAAACCAUGGAUGUUAGUGUAGCUGAAAGGGUUAUUAAGACAUUGGAAGCUUCUGUACAAGCUCAGGUGGAAGCUAGAAUGGCUUUAUUUGAGACUGAGAUGAAGAACAAGAUGGCCAUAUUAGAGGAAGACAUGAAUGUUCUUAAAGGGAAGGAUGAAGAAAAAGUUACAUCCAAUGCCGGCAACUCCAAAGCACAUGAAGACGACGACGCUUGUAGCAACACGAUGUCCUGGAUGGUUCAGACCAAAAAAGGUUCAGUUGAUGGUUUACCAAUACGUGUCGUAAAAAAAGGAGAAGAAGAUUAA